AACAGACUGGAAGAAGAUGUUGAGAAAAAGCAACCAAUGAUGGCAGCCACCACCCAGCAUGAAGCUGUUUUGAAGCUGAACAGCACGAGGAGAGAGGUGUUUAAUGAGAAUGCUUAUCUUCACAGUGCGUUUGUUAACCAGCUGAAAGACACAAUGGAAUUGCAGAAAAUCAAACAGAACUUAGAAGAGGACACUCUGCUGUUACAGGAUGAGGAAACCAAUGAGGAUUUGUUUCGAAAAAUGACCCUACAGAUCAGUCAACAGAAAGCACAGAUUGGAAAUAUGCAGCAUAAAGUAAAAAAGCUGGAGAUGGCCUUACGUCACAUGAGCAGAGAAUCUGUGAGAGAGUCUCAGAAAACACAGCACCAGGCACUGAUAAAAAACCAGGCAAGCAUGGUGGAGAUCAAGAAACUGCAGCAACUACUAGAAAUGAAGGAUCGGGAGAUGAACUGAGUGAAGAAACUAGCCCGGAAUAUCUUGAAUGAGAGGACUGAGAUGGAAAAGUUCUUCCUAGAUGCUCUGGAAUAUGUGAAGCAGGAGAUCAUAUCCAGCAGGAAGCACUAUAAGAAAAAGGCCCCAACUGCCUAUUACAGAAAAAUGAUGGAGGCAUGUGCAGGAAAGGAAGAAUUUCCCAAAAUCAAAACAUUCAAAAGCAACAUAAAUAGCACAAAUAGUGUAUACAGAGACCUAGAGGAAGCAGAGAAAUGCUACUGGGAAAAAAUCCAGUUUGAAAAAGUGGAUAUCGGCGAGCUGACAUGGGAACAAAAAGAACGUGUUCUGCGAUUCCUUUUUGCCAAAAUGAAUGGCAAAAAUCCAUGGAAAUACGCAGUUCUGGCUACUUCAGCUCCAGCUCCCAAGAGUAGUAAAGAAGAAAGCAAAAUUGACACAGAAAAUACUUCUCUCAACCUAAUAUUCACUAUACAGCAGGCUGAAUUAUCAGGUUCAUCAUCUUCUGCAGUAAUCCUUCCACGUAUUCAGACGUUAACACCACAGACAGAUACUGGUAAAAGAUGUAAAAAAUACAAAAAGCCUUUGGAAGAGGAAGAUGAUGUACGAUUACUGGUGGUUCCAAUACUGGAAGGUGUAUAA